UACAUACAUACAUUUCCCAGAAUGGGCAACGGAAGGCAGGCAGAUAGAAAGGUGGAGAUUCAAGAAGCAGGUGUUCGUACGUGCAAAUCCACAUUGUUCCCUUCCAUACAAGUUAUGAACUGAGAGGAUCCGAUAUCCCCUUCAAUAUUCUGCGGGCCAUGGCGAAUAAGAGGGGAUUAUUAGCUCGAGCAGGCAUCCACAGGAGUAGAGGCAUUGGAUCUCGCUUCUAUAUUGCUUUCAUAGUUGUCGUCGUCUUCGCAUUCAUCGCAUUCUCCUUUUUCUCAGGCGGCCGCGGCCGCGGCCGCAGCCGCUUUACCGGUCCAAAUGAGUUAAAUGUUGUUUCUGGCGGGCAGGAUUUAAAUUGGAGAGGAAGACUAGUGUUGCAGUAUCUUAAGCCUUUAUUUUCUAAGGAGGUAAUUGAUGUCAUUAACGCCAACACUCAUGAUUUGGGGCCCUUAAGUGUCAAUUUUUUACGGAAUCAUCUGUCUCCAUCUUGGAAAGAUACUGCACUUAGAGUGGAUACUAAUAAUGAAACAUCAUUUGAGUUUAUUGGAGAAGCUUCAGAGACAAAACAAGAUUCUGUAGACAAAGAAAAAUACAAUUCAACAGAUGGAGCCUCUGCAUUUCUUGAUUCACCAACUAAAGUGGCCAGAAGGCAAUUGAGGGAACAGUUACGUGAAAAGCGUGCUGCUGAGUUGUUGAAGCAAGACGAUGAAGUGACCAUCAAGCUUGAAAACGCAGCAAUUCAACGAUCAAAAUCAGUUGACUCUUCUGUUUUGGGGAAGUAUAGUAUUUGGAGGAAAGAAAUUGAGAAUGAAAAUGCUGAUUCAACUGUGCGCUUGAUACGGGAUCAAAUGAUCAUGGCCAGGGUGUAUAUUAGCCUUGCCAAGAUGAAAAACAAGCUUGAUUUGGCCAAUGAGCUAAAGAUCCGGCUCAAAGAAAGUCAGCAUUCUUUAGGAGAGGCAAUUGCUGAUUCCGAUUUACAUUCAAGUGCACCAGAAAAAAUUAAAUUGAUGGGGCAAGUGUUAUCUAAAGCAAAAGGACAAUUGUAUGACUGCAACCUGGUCACUGGGAAGCUAAGAUCCAUGCUACAAUCUGCAGAUGAGCAAGUGAGAACUUUGAAAAAGCAGAGCAUGUUCCUUAGCCAACUAGCUGCAAAGACAAUUCCGAAUGGGCUUCAUUGUUUAUCCAUGCGCUUAACCAUAGACUAUUACCUCCUUCCAUUAGAGAAAAGGAAGUUCCCUCGAAGGAAGAAUCUAGAAGAUCCUAGUCUUUACCACUAUGCUCUCUUUUCUGACAAUGUUCUUGCUGCUUCAGUUGUUGUCAACUCAACCAUAAUGAAUGCAAAGGAACCUGAGAAACAUGUUUUCCAUCUUGUUACUGAUAAGUUGAACUUUGGUGCGAUGAAUAUGUGGUUUCUUUUGAACCCUCCUGGUAAAGCCACAAUUCACGUAGAGAAUGUUGAUGAAUUCAAGUGGCUCAACUCAUCGUAUUGUCCUGUUCUCCGUCAGCUGGAGUCUGCUGCCAUGAAAGAAUACUAUUUCAAGGCAGAUCAUCCAUCCACUUCUGGUUCUUCUAACCUGAAAUAUAGGAACCCGAAGUAUCUUUCAAUGUUAAACCAUCUGAGGUUUUACCUACCUCAGGUUUACCCAAAGUUAGAUAAAAUUCUCUUCCUCGAUGAUGACAUAGUUGUCCAGAAAGACUUAACUGGCUUAUGGGAAGUAGAUCUUCAUGGAAAAGUAAAUGGUGCAGUAGAAACCUGUGGCGAAAGUUUUCACCGGUUUGACAAAUACCUGAACUUCUCCAAUCCUCACAUUGCCAAGAACUUUGAUCCGAACGCCUGUGGGUGGGCAUAUGGAAUGAACAUCUUCGACCUUAAGGUGUGGAAGAAGAAGGAUAUAACUGGUAUCUACCAUAAAUGGCAGAAUAUGAAUGAAGACAGGGCUCUCUGGAAACUUGGGACACUACCUCCAGGUCUGAUUACCUUCUAUGGGCUCACACACCCUCUAGAGAAAACAUGGCAUGUGCUCGGCUUGGGCUACAAUCCUAGCAUCGACAAAUCUGAAAUCGAGAAUGCAGCAGUUAUACAUUACAACGGAAACAUGAAGCCCUGGCUAGAGCUGGCAAUGACCAAGUACAAGUCAUACUGGACGAAGUAUAUAAAAUACGGCCACCCCUACAUCCGCAACUGUAAAAUAACCGAACCUUAGAAUGACCAAAAGCUUAAGGGGCCGACAGCCAUUCUAACUCACGGCUUCCCCUUACAACGAGGAAUGAGGUGAUGACAGUCGCACGUAAAACUUCCAGCAAAGGCAAGUUUGUCCUCCCCCCAUCGUUACAUCUUAUUCUUUGAUUCGGUUCUAUUCAUCAAAUGUAGGUCAUUGAGAAAAACCUUGGAUGAGCAAAAAUGGCUAGCCUGAUUGGCAAUGUGUUUGUUGUUUAGUCGAAGAAGCUUCUCUACUAACUCUAAAUUCUUUGGACACCCCACUUGGUAUACAAAAUGUAGUAGCUCUACUUCCCAUUUUCUUACAAGAUUUGUGUCAAUGCUGAACAUUAGAAAAAAAAAAAAAGGGUUCUGUUUUUUUCUGUCCCAUUGGCAACAAGGCUACAUCAAUGCCCUUGUACAGGUUUCAUUUUCUUGCAUUCAAAAUAUCUGUAAUGGGCCCCCCCAUUUGGCUAUCUUUCCCUACACUUUAUCGAAUAAAAAUCUAAUCCCCGGUGGCAAAAACUUUCAAAUUUUGAACUGCAUUCAUACAUUGAUUAUGUAGUUUUGUAAAGACGAAAGGUUUCUUCAUCCAGACAGUGAAAGUCUCGAAAUAAACAAAACUGGGGUCUGACUUUACCUUGUCAUUACAAAAAUGGGACAGUAGAAAAUAAAAAAAUAUCUGCGUUUCCAUGAGAUAUUAAUUUAUUUAUUAUCCAAAAAAAAUGAAAAAAGCAAAAAAGCAAUGCACUACUAUCUUGAAUAAGACAGCUUAUGGGGUAAUAAAUGAAGUAAGAUUAUUUGUGUAGGUUGUCCCGACCCAUCAUAAUUACAUAACACCAGUAAACUGAUGCCACUGCACUGUACUGUCCUAAUCCUAUUCCUAUUCCUAUUCCUGUUCCUCUCUCUAUCUAACUUGAAUUAGCGAUCAAUUGAUUUAUUAAAAUAUGUAUCACUUAAAUUUAAAAAUACAACUAUUUAUAAAAGAUAAAUAUUUGAUAAUGCAAUUUUGCUGAGAUAUUUUUAUUAAUUAAUUCGGCGCGGGAGCCGAACUUUCUUUUGGCUUAAGCCGACUCACACCACCAUUUCCUGCAUUCACUCUCGGCUUGCCAUUGCCAAUUUGCCAGUCAGUCACUGAACAUCCAUCGUCGUUCUCCCCACCCUUAGCUUCCGUUUUCUUCAAUUCACCACUUUUCUACAAUUCCAUAAGUCCUUAAUUAUUCAGAUCCGCUGAGCGAUUAAAAGCUUUUUAUUGGAAUUAUUAA